AGAACCGUCUUAUCGUCCGCGCAUGCGCAGUAGCACAGAGCUUUGUUGUUUCCGUGCAGGAUGGCGCUUAGCAAAACUUUUGGACAGAAACCGGUGAAGUUCCAGCUGGAGGAGGACGGAGACUUCUACAUGAUCGGGUCGGAGGUGGGAAACUACCUCCGCAUGUUCAGAGGCUCCCUGUAUAAAAGAUACCCGUCGUUAUGGAGGAAACUGGCUUCAGUGGAAGAACGGAAGAAAAUAGUGGAGUCGUCUCACGAUCACGGCUACACUCAGCUGGCCACCAGCGUGACUCUGCUGAAGGCCUCGGAGGUCGAGGAGAUCCUGGAGGGAAACGAUGAGAAGUACAAAGCCGUCUCCAUCAGCACGGAGCCCCCCGCCUACCUCAGGGAGCAGAAGGCCAAGAGGAACAGUCAGUGGGUUCCCACGCUGCCCAACAGUUCUCACCACCUGGAUGCGGUUCCGUGUUCCACCACCAUCAACCGCAGCCGGCUGGGACGCGACAAGAAGAGGACUUUCCCGCUGUGUUUUGACGACCACGACCCAGCGGUGAUCCACGAGAACGCCACGCAGUCUGAAAUCCUGGUUCCCAUCCGUCUGGACAUGGAGAUCGAGGGACAGAAGCUCAGAGACGCUUUCACCUGGAACAUGAACGAGAAGCUGAUGACGCCCGAGAUGUUCGCUGAGAUCCUCUGUGACGACCUGGACCUGAACCCGCUGGCCUUCGUCCCCGCCAUCGCCUCCGCCAUCCGACAGCAGAUCGAGUCGUACCCGACGGACAGCAUCCUGGAGGAGCAGACGGACCAGAGGGUCAUCAUCAAGCUGAACAUCCACGUGGGGAACAUCUCCCUGGUGGACCAGUUUGAGUGGGACAUGUCGGAGAGGGAGAACUCUCCGGAGAAGUUCGCCCUGAAGCUUUGCUCCGAGCUCGGCCUCGGCGGAGAGUUCGUCACCACCAUCGCAUACAGCAUCCGAGGUCAGCUGAGCUGGCACCAGAGGACGUACGCCUUCAGUGAAAACCCUCUUCCCACGGUGGAGAUCGCCAUCAGGAACACGGGCGACGCCGACCAGUGGUGCCCCCUGCUGGAGACGCUGACGGACGCCGAGAUGGAGAAGAAGAUCAGAGACCAGGACAGAAACACCAGACGAAUGAGGCGGUUGGCGAACACGGCUCCUGCGUGGUAGAAGACGACGGCGGCGCCCCCUACAGGACGGAGCUCGUCUGGAUUGAGAAUCUCCUCCGUGUUUCCCCCUCGGACCGUUCGGAGGAGCCGCUCGCUCUCUUUGACCACUGACUCUUUACGGACCACAGAGGGAGAAGGACGACCUCACAGCCAGUCUCAGAUAAUAUAUAUUGUUAUGUUGUAUUUGUUGUCUUUUUGUACAUUUUAAUAAUUCUUACAAAAUUAAAAAAAAA